AUUUCCCCCGAGCUGGAGGCCUCGUCCCGCUUGCAGGAUACAAUCUGCCGGUGUCGGUCCCGGUUGUGGGACCUUCACACCGAACCGCCUGAGAUGAGCUGCCCCUCAGUCCUUGUUACUUUGGUCCUAGGAACAGGAUGAAGUGGCGAUUCCGGGACUAAGCCUUUCCGUUGAGUUUUACCUGGGGAACUUUGCCUCCGUCACUCGGCCCGGUAGCAGAUCCAAACUUCACCUAGAUCGAUGCCUGGGGUCGAUAAUUGUUUUACAUAUUUCCAACACACUGGAAGCGACCGUUCGGCCUGUUGUAUUCUUGCAGACACGAGGGUUAAACAGAGUAAUCGCAGCCUCGGAACGCAGCUCCACGUGUAUGAGUAGUUUCAUCUUUCCCCGUUCAGACAGGACAGUGAGAUCCAGAUCUCUCACGUACUCUCGGGGGACUGGGAAGUUUAUUUCCAUCUUCUUUCCAUGGCUGCGACUUGCCGAAAUGCUGACAAUGUUUCCCGAUAUAUUGCCCUAUUAAUGCGAGAAUUAAGUCUUGUUCAUUUAUCUGGGUUUCUCGGAAGAAGACGUGAAGUAUAUCUGGAUGGAUACUUUCUGUGCAUCACCAGCAAGUGAGGGUUUGCUGUACCAGGACCGAAGAUUAGACAAGAAGGCGGCAAGUGACCAUCAACAGUCGUCGGUCAGAAUCAGAAUGGCUACAGAUCUGAACUCCGCAAUAUCCACCUUCUUGUCAAAUUGUGAGGAUCACCAACUGCUGCAGUUGACGAGAUUCUACAUGGAGCGACUGGAGCAGGCGACUGAAGAGGGUGUAGAGGGUCUCGGCCUUAUGUUAACUGACGAGCAUCACUUCACCGGACGAGAGUAUCACAGCGUGACUGAGCUCGCAGGGAAGGGAAACCGAGCGGGCGCUUCCAAACUCCUCCUGGAUCUGGUGAUGGAGAAGGGCUCCGGGGCCUGGAGGGUGAUGUGGGAAUCCUUUGUGAAGCUACAUCACCAUUUACCGAAGCUGAGCAGAAUAUUGGAUGAAAUACGGGAACGUGGUGACGCCCAGUUCGCCUACAUGGACACAGAGCGGGGUUUAUCUGAAGUGCCCACGCAUCUGAAAGAUGUUCGACAGAAACAUAUGGAGAAUCUACGGGCACAAACUGAGACACUGAGAGUGAGCACUAUCCUGAUGAGGGAGAAGGUGAAGGUUUUCCAGCUGGUUGAUCGAUACGCUGAGCUCACGGUCAUUUCUACCGUUCGAGAUCGGAGACUGGUGGAACAUGAGCUGCUGGCAAGAGGCAGAGACCACGAGGAAUGGAGAGAGAAACAUCUCCGCAGAGAGCUGGAAAAAGUCCGGAUGGAUCAGUUAUUCAAGAGGACUUUUCUUCAAAAAUUGAAGAGUUCUUUUUAUGGAAAAAAAUAUGGGAUUUCGGCAGCAGUGGCCGGAGUCCCAGGGAUUGGGAAAACAACCAUGGUACAAAAGAUUGUUUAUGACUGGGCCACGGGGAAAAUAUACAAACAAUUCCAUUUUGUCUUCAGUUUCAAAUUCCGAGAUUUAAACUCCAUUACCUGCAGAAUAAACCUGAAAGAACUGAUUCUGCAUCAGUAUCCCUACUUUGGGAAUAUCCUGAGACAGGUCUGGAAGAACCCAGAGAGGCUGUUGUUUAUAUUCGAUAGUUUGGACGAAUUCAAGCACAGAAUCAAUUUUGCUGACAAUCAGGGAGACACAGAAAUUCAGGACACAUGCACAGAUCCUGAAUUCAAGUGCAAAGUGUCGGACAUUGUGUACAGUUUAAUCCAGCACAAACUGCUCCCAGGGUGUUCAGUGCUGGUGACCACCCGUCCCGCUGUGUUACAUUUAUUGGAAAGGGCAGAGAUCAGUGUCUGGGCUGAAAUCCUGGGAUUUGUUGGUGAGGAACGGAAGGAAUAUUUCAAUAGGCAUUUUGAAAAUCAGAUGGUGGCGGCAGCUGUUUUCAAACACGUGAAGGAGAACGAGAUCCUGUACACCAUGAGCUACAACCCCUCCUACUGCUGUAUCCUCGCUCUGGCACUGGGACCCUUCUUCACACAAAGAGGCAGGGUCCCGCAGCGAGUUCCCAAGACCAUAACCCAAUUAUAUUCCUACUAUAUUUACAACAUCCUGAAAAACCAUGACCGUGAGAUUGAGAACCCCCGUGAUGUGUUACUGAGGGUUGGUCAGAUGGCCCUCAGAGGAGUGUUCGAGAAGAAGAUUGUGUUUACAGAUGGAGAUUUGAUCAACUACAGUCUGCAGCCUUCCCAGUUCCUGUCCGGAUUCCUGAUGGAGCUUUUGGAGAGAGAGGAUUCUGCCCGGUGUGUGGUUUACACAUUCCCUCACCUCACCAUCCAAGACUUUGUAGCUGCAGUCGCACAGUUCCUGAAUCCACAUCCAGGGGAUAUCCUGAAAUUCCUCACAAAAGCCCACAACACAACAGAUUGGCGAUUUGAGGUAUUUCUCCGUUUUGUUGCUGGUCUCUCCUCCCCAAUGACAGCUCGGGGCCUGGAGGAGUUUCUGGGUCCAUUUCCUCAUGAAACAACCUGCCGGGUGAUUGACUGGGUGAAGGAGGAGGUUAAACGCCGGAGUGGAAACACAUGCAGUGAAGCUGGUAAAAGAAGCCUCCUGAACACAUUGCACUACCUGUUUGAGUCUCAGAAUCGUCCAUUGGCUCAGGCCGCACUGGAAUCUGUGGAAACACUUUCAUUCAGUGGAAUGACACUGACCCCGGUUGACUGCGCGAUCCUGUCUCAUGUCAUCGGACUCUGUGACACAAUAAAACACCUCAACCUGGCUGGCUGCCACAUUCAGUGUGAAGGAAUCCAGCGGCUGGGACACGGGCUGCACAAGUGCCAGGAGUUGAGACUUGGUGAGAAUGACCUGGGAGAUUCAGGAGUGAAACUGGUGUCUGCGGCUCUGAGGAACCCGGAGUGUAAAAUACAGAAACUGGAGUUGGAUGAGGUCGGUCUCACAGAUUCUGGUGUCGAGGAUCUCGUCUCCACUCUCAGUACAAACCCAUCACUGACGGAGCUGGACCUGAGUGCUAAUGAACUGGGAGAUUCAGGAGUGAAACUGGUGUCUACGGUUCUGAGUAACCCGGAGUGUAAAAUACAGAAACUGGGGCUGGGGGCUGUCGGUCUCACAGAUUCUGGUGCCGAGGAUCUCAUCUCCACUCUCAGUACAAACCCAUCACUGACGGAGCUGGACCUGAGUGCUAAUGAACUGGGAGAUUCAGGAGUGAAACUGGUGUCUGCGGCUCUGAGUAACCCGGAGUGUAAAAUACAGAAACUGGGGCUGGGGGCUGUCGGUCUCACAGGUUCUGGUGCCGAGGAUCUCGUCUCCACUCUCAGUACAAACCCAUCACUGACGGAGCUGGACCUGAGUGCUAAUAAACUGGGAGAUUCAGGAGUGAAACUGGUGUCUGCGGCUCUGAGGAAAUCGGAAUGUAAAAUACAGAAACUGGAGCUGUACCGUGUCGGUCUCACUGGUUCUGGUGCCGAGGAUCUCGCCUCUGCUCUUGGUACAAACAGAUCUCUGAGGGAGCUGAACCUGAGUGUUAAUGAACUGAAAGAUUUAGGAGUGAAACUGGUGUCUGCGGCACUGAGGAAUCCGGAGUGUAAAAUACAGAAACUGGGGCUGUGGGGUGUCGGUCUCACAGAUUCUGGUGUCGAGGAUCUCAUCUCCGCUCUCGUUACAAACCCAUCACUGAAGGAGCUGGACCUGGUAUUCAACUCGCUGACAGACCGAUCCGUCCCCGCCCUCCGCCGCCUCAUACUAAACGUCCCGAGUCUGGAGCGGAUCCGGCUGGACCAGAAUCGGUUCAGUGAGACCGGGAGGAAGGAACUGAGACCUCUGCAGGGAGUCAGACCCGGACUGACAGUGAUCCUGUGAACAUCUGAAUGUGGGAACAGCCCCGCCCGCGGGAUGGGGACAUUUUGCCCAAUUCCUCACCCUCCCCUUUAACUCCCGCCCUUACCUUUAACUCGCCGCGCGCCAGGUGUAAUUCCAAACAGUUUUAACGGAACUGGCUCCAAGCUCGCGCUGUGGGUCGGUCAUUGUGCUCCCGCAGAGACAUAGAUCCACCUCCUGACCUCCUGUCCAGCGGCGCUGCUUCCGCCGGAUGUAAGUGUUCGAGACCCCCUCCCACGUGACACCCCGGAGAAUUACACGCACAGGAAGAGCCUGGGGGCUGGGGAUCACUCUUGGACUCUGGUGUCACAGAGCAGGAUUAUCCCGGGAGAGAAUCAUUUUGCUCCCUUUGCUGAGCACGUUGCAUUCGGCAGUCUGGCCGAUAUAAUGAUGUUAAAUUGACACAUACCUCGGCAGUGACCCUGGAUCUGCAGCGAUCUCUGAAGUGUGAUUUUAUAACCAUCGGUUCCUCGAUGCAGAGUGACGGUGAGAAACGGGACUGACUAUUCAACCGGUCACUCGUUGUCGCUGAUCAGUUAAUUGUGUGUGACUGUGAGUGAGUCAGGAGUUGCUUAUUUAUUCCCGCACGUCAGCAGCUCACACAUUGAUUAAUUUACGUUUGUGAUGAUGAAAUCAAUAAACCGCUGUAGCUUCCCGCCUUGGUGUCAGACUUGAGUCUCAUUCGAGGAGAAACAGUGACCUGGGGUUACUGCUGCCCCCCGCACCCGGUGAACUGCAAUAAUGGGUCUGAGCUCCUCACACUGGUACAACAGCGUCUCAGCUCCAGGCUGAGGGAUGUCAGACUGGUGGUGUCUGGUCCCCAGGAUCUCUUCACUCCCCAUCCCCAUCCAGGCUGACACACCACUCCCUCUCACCCAGAUACUCGCACUAUCCUGAUCCCCACCUUCCUGCGCGCUUUCUCGCUCUCACAGUCAAAAACAACAAAGGAUAUUGGAAGCUCAUAUACUGUAUAAUAUCGGAUCCGCGUCCACCAAGGUCGCAAACAGAAGGGAACAGAAGCAAUCAACACGGGCUGAAGGUCCCUCUGCACAGACCCGGCACAGAAACCCGGGGCCAGACAGAAUCAAGUUUCCUCCGCACAGUCCCAGCUCACACUCCCGGGAUCAGACACUGAGUGAAGCUCCCUCCACACCGACCUAUCUCACACCCUCACAAUCAAAGCCUCUCAUAAUCUUAUACACCUCUAUCAGGCCACCUCUCAUCCUCCGUAGCUCCAAGGAGAAAAGGCCGAGUUCACUCAACCUAUUCUCAUAAGGCAUGCUCCCCAAUCCAGGAAACAUCCUUGUAAAUCUCCUCUGCACCCUUUCUAUGACUUCCACAUCCUUCCUGUAGUGAGGCGAGCAGAACUGAGCACAGUACUCCAAGUGGGGUCUGACCAGGGUCUAUAUAGCUGCAACAUUACCUCUCGGCUCCUAAAUUCAAUUCCACGAUUGAUGAAGGCCAAUAUACCGCACACCUUCUUAACCACAGAGUCAACCUGCGCAGGUGCUUUGAGUGUCCUAUGGACUCGGACCCCAAGAUCCCACUGAUCCUCCACACUGCCAAGAGUCUUACCAUUAACACUACCUGUAAAAGUACAACGAAGAAAUAGGGAAAAAGCCUAAGAAGCUUAAUGCGUACGGAUAACUGAAUUUUUCUCUUUAUUUGUUGUUUAAUCUCCCCGAGGAGAGGUGCACCAUUCCCGAAAGCACUGCAAUACCGGGUCGAUGCACGGAAUGGACGGAGCAAGCCCCUAUUCCAUCUCCCUGUUCCAAAAAUCAAUUGAAUAUAUGGUCCCCAGAUAGGGGACGUAUCAGAUAUUAAACUGAUAAGUGAUUUUUUUCUGGAAAAAUAUACUUCAUUCAGAAAUAUUACAAAAUAAAAUUAUUUGCAAAAAAAACAUUUGUUGACUCUGAGUCCUUCUACAAUAAAUAAAGUUAUUUACAUUAAAUCAUGCGUUGACUCUCAGUCCUUAUUCAAAAUAAAGAUGUUUACAAUAAAUCAUUCGUUGACUCUCAAACCUUAGUCAAGAUCAAAACCUUUAAGAGGGUUCUGACUGGGAGUGCCCCUCUCACCGCCAGCCAGGCGAGGUCUUGGUGCCUGUUGGUUAGAUCUGGCGAUGAGGC